AUGCCGAAGAACAAGGGAAAGGGAGGAAAGAAUCGCCGCCGCGGUAAAAAUGAUAAUGAGGAAAACAAGCGCGAUCUUGAAUUUAAGGAGGAUGGCCAGGAAUAUGCACAAGUGGUACGGAUGCUAGGUAAUGGACGUUUAGAGGCCUACUGUUUCGACGGUGUAACGCGUUUAGGCCACAUUCGAGGCAAAAUGCGUAAGAAAGUGUGGGUUGGCGCGGGAGACAUCAUUCUUGUGAGUCUACGCGAGUACCAGGACGGAAAGGUGGACGUUAUUCAUAAAUACAAUGCCGACGAGGCUCGCAGUCUCAAGGCCUACGGUGAACUUCCCGACAACGCACGCAUUAAUGAAACAGCGGUUGACAUGGCAAUGGAGGGCGACGAACAGCAUUGGUUCCUUACGAUUGUGGAGAUGUCCGCGACUCAAAUUAUGAAAGAUAUGCCGAAGUUGUUGACGGAAGUACCACGAUCACUUGUGCCUGUAAAGCCUAUCCGUAAAAAAAUUGCCGAAAGCGACUCACAAAUUCGAUAUCAAAUGAAAGUUAAUGCACAACUAAAUGAUGCGAACGAAAAUGCCAUGGAAAUGGCUACAAGUCCGCGGGUGAGGAUGCGCUUAUCGAGUGCAAAGGAAAGCGCCGGCAUUUACAGUAUGGUUUGUGAACAAAGCGAAGUUGUUCAGUGGAUGACUGCAUGUCAUCCAGACCUGACAGCAUUUGGGGUGGAUCUCGAGCAACGUGGGUACCAUACACUUAGCAGCAUUGCAUUUCUCACUGAAGAAGACAUUGACGGCGCAUUUUUCACAAGCUCUUCAGCAAUGAUGUAUGGCGACUUUGACAAAUAA